AUGUCCAUCAAAGUCCAGCUCGUGACCCAGCAGAAAGCCCUCGGCACCAUCAUCACCGCAGGAGGAGUCAUGGGCCCCGACAUCUGCCUCGGGGUCAACAGAACACCCGGCGCAGCAAGACCCCUCGAGAAGCAGAUUCUCCGUCGCAAGAAGCUAUCGGUUAAGGCCAAGAUGAAGGACGUCCACGCCCUCUCGACCUCGUCGCUGACCUACAACCACCACGUAUGGAACCACCUAGCCAAGAACGACCGCAACCACAUCGCGACCAAGUCCAUGGGACCUUAUCGAAUGGCGGCAUCCAUGCCCCAGACGAACACGCCCAACAAGCACUUCACCAACAGCGAGGCGAUUGCGAAGACGGGUACAGCGUGCAGGUGCUGCCAGACGGAGUUCCACACCUUCCCGAGACUCCUGAAGCACCUCGCGGUGGCUCAUCGCUGCCGCAAGUCGUGGCACGCAUGGCACACCAUGACGAUGGAACCCCUCACCGAGCAGCAGAUCGCCGACAACGUCGACGCCAUCGCUACGACCACUGCAGCUAACAAGAAGAACGGCCGACAAGCCACAUUCAGCGAGGUACCCGCCUACAGGAUCGACAUCACGCCCCUGCCACUCAUCGAGACUUCCCCCUUUUUUCCCAAGGUCUACGCCGCUAUCCAACCGACCGUACCCCAACCUAGCACACCAAAGGUACCUGAGCCAGCUGAACGACGGGAAGUUGUAUUCAUCACGGACCGACCUCGGCAGCACAGCGACCUGCACCAGAUCAUGGCAACCAGCACAAUAUCUAGCAUGAGCGGGUUGGACUACCGCACGAUCGACUCCAACUACGACUCCGAGGCACCGAAAUCAGAUCACGACCUCCAGCACAUCCGCGACAGGAUCACGAAAGGAGAGAUCGCCGCCGUAUACGCCGAGCUACCGAAAAAUACCUGGUACAGCCACGACAACGCCGAGGUCACCACCAACUACGCCAGUAGCCGUCGCUCCAAAGCAAGGCCAUGUGGACCAGCCGAUGCCACAGAAAGGAUCGCCAUCGAGCUGCACGCGGCCAAUUCCAUCACUAGGGAGAUCCUCAUGACCAUUCACGCGGCCGCAGAGGCCAAGGUACCCUUCCUCGCCAUACACGUCGAGGAAUCCAUCCUCUGGACGACACCUGAGAGCCGCCACAUUAUCAGGCACACCUCUGCGGUAUGCAGCAUGGCCAACCACUCUGACAUCGGGACAAUCAAGACAGUCACCAACUCGGAAGACCCCAUCCACGCGACCAAGCUCAAGGAUACAGCCGCCGAGAACUUCGACUACACCGCAGCCGCCCAGCUCGACGAGAUGAUCAUGGCCAGAUAG